UGUACGCUGUAGAUGUAUACCGAACUAGUAAGCAAGUGAAAUGGGCCGCAGCAGCAAGCGGAAGCGGAGCCUCAGCUCUGGCGGGGCCGGCCCGUCUGCGUCUGGCCAUGGGCCAAAUCCUGCUUCAAAUCGAACGUCUCCUGUCCACAAGGAGACAUUUGAUUUGCCCCAAGGGGACGAGGGCGGCACUACUAUUGACGCGCUGCCGGCCGAGACGCUGUUGUCAGUUUUCGGGCACCUGUCGAGCCCCGCUCGACAGCACGCAGCCUGCGUGUGCCGGCGCUGGCGCGAGGCUCUCCUGGAUCCCGCCUUCUGCCGCCACGUGGCUCCGGGCCAGUGCCUGAGCGAGGCGCUGCAGCUCUGCCGCAGCGGCGACACUCUCAUCUGCGCGCCUGGCAUGUACCAGGAGACGCUGCUGGUGGAGGUGCCGCUGCGGCUGGUGGCAGAGGACCACUGGGCCUGGGAGCGCCAGCGAGACCGGGAGCGCAGCAGGCAGCGCCGACUGGAGGAGCGGCAGAAGGAGCGGGAGCAGCAGGAGCGGCAGGAGCAGGCGACGGGGCGGCAGCUGGGCCGCCUGUCGGCAGGCGGCGCGGCAGGCAGCAGCGGCGGGGCGGCAGGCGGCGCGGCUUCCAGCAAGCGCGGAAAUGCGGCCGCCGCCAUUGCGGUGGCAGCUGGCGGUGGCGCUGGCACUGGCGCCGGCGGGAUCAGGGGCAGCGGCAGUGGCCGCGUGGUUGGCGGCGCAGGGGGCGCGGGCGGAGGCGGAGGGGUGGUGCCGCCGCGCGGGGCGCCGCUGGUGGGCGGCCGGCCGGCGCCGUCCGUGACGGUGAUAGCGCUGCGGCCGCCCGUGGCCGUGAUGAACAGCAGGUGCUGCUUUGUGGGGUUUGAGUUUCACACCGGCACUGCGCACAACGAAGUCAGCAUCUGCUCCUUCGGGCCGGAGGGAGACGCAGCCAGGUUCGAGCUGUGCACGUUCAGCGGGCUGACCGGGCUGCGUGUGCCGUACAGCAAGGGGCCGGACACACGUCUGGAGCUGCACGACUGCAGCCUCAUUGGCACCACCCAGACGCUGGCGGCUGUGCAGAUGGACGCGGGCCGGCUGCGCAUGGACCGCUGCGUGGUGCAGAACAACAGCGUGGGCGUGGAGGUGGGGCCGGCGGCGCUGGCGCGGCUGGCGCGCUGCGACGUGCGGUGGUGCGGCACGGCGCUGGUGGUGGAUGGCUGUCUGGCGCUGGCGCAUUGCAGGCUGUGGGGCAACGGCAAGCUGGGCAACGUGAGCACGGACACACGCGUGCGCAGCGCGAUGCAGGAGUCAGAGCAGCAGCUGCUGGCAGCGGCGGCGGUGGCCGUGACUGAAGGCGGCAGCGCUGCUGCCGCUGCCGCUGCCGCUGCCAACCCCACAACCAGGUCGCUCCUUGAUGAAGCCGCUGGCCUAAGCGGCAGCGCUGCCGAGUCGCGGGCAACUGACGGCGCGGCAGCGACGGGCGCUGCCGGCUGCGGCAACAAGCGAAGUGCCGGUGCACGGACACAGCGCGCGGCCGCCGCUGCAGGCGCCGCCGGGGCAGCAGCGGGUCCGGGCCCCAGCUCUGCAGGCGGCCCCGCCGCCGCUGCAGGCGCCCUGGCGGCGGUGGCAAGCCCCACACGCGGAGCGCGGCUGUCCGCCCGGCGCGGGGCCAGUCACUUCUCGCCCAUACUUGCGGGCGGCGCCGUCGCUGCCGCUACAUCCACCGCAACCGAGCCAGGGGCAGGGCUGCCGGCGCCGGCUACACACAACGGAGCAGGCAGAGGUGCCGGUGGCGGUGCGGUCGGGGCCGGCAGCAGUCGUGCGGCGUCGCGGGAGCAGGUUGAGGCGCUGGCGGCGGUGGGAUGGGCGGAGGUGGCAGUGGCGUUUGAGGCGCGCGGCUCGCUGGUGCGUGUGGUGGACUGCGAGGUGGCAGCACCGCAGCUGAUCAUGCGCGCGGGGCUGCACAAGGACGUGCGGAAGAAGGCCCGUCAGCUGGUACGGCAGGUGUACGGCGCGCUGGAUGACGAGUCGGCGCCCGAGUGGGAGGUGCUGGUGGCCAGCGACCUGGACAGCGACGCCGACGACAGCGCCGACGACCCGGACGUGGAGGACCCUGACGCGCAGGAGCUGGAGGACGCGGAGGCGGAGGACGACGACAUGAUGGACGAGAUGUUUGAGGACCCGCUGGACGCGGCGGAUGACCCGGAGCUGGACGAGUCGGGAGAUGAGGAGGAGGAGGGGAGCAGUGACAGCGAUGGGGGGGAGGAGGGGAGCAGUGACAGGGAUGGGGAGGGAAACGAUGGGGACGGGUGCGAUGGGGAGAUGGGUGCGGGGGGUGCUGGGGGAGGGGGCGCUGGAGGCGGGGCUGGAGAGGAAGGGGAGGGAGCGGAGGAGGAGGGAGCCGAGGUGGGAGAAGGUGAGGACGAGGACUGGGAGGGAGGGGAUGAGAGCAGUGGUGGCAGCGGCCGCAGCAGCUCUAGUGGGGGUGGCAGCAGUAGCGGUAGCAGCGACGGCGACAGCACAAGUGAUGAGGACGACGAGGAUGACGACUAGCUAGCUUUGCCGCCAGGUGAGCGCGCCAAGCAUGUAUGUGGUGGUGCGCCCGUGUUGAAUUGCACAGAGGGAGCACGACAAGCGGAGGGGCUGGACGGAGGGGCCAUGGACCGGAACGGAAGGCGUGAUGAGCGAAACGGACAGGCUGCCAGAUGUACAUCCACAACUCAUACUUCAAGAGGUUGCACUCGCAUGGCCGUUGUCAUUGUGUGGGGCUGUCUGGCUGUGUAAGUAUGGAGGUUGCGGCGCGCAUGAACGUGAAGACAGGAUACCAUAACU